CAUGACAGUUUAGUCCUGUAAUCUCUAAGAUGAGACCGAGGCAGGGGGAUUGCUGUGAGUUUGAGUUCAGCCUGAACUAUCCCAAGAGACCCUGUCUUAAAAAAUAUUUAAAAAAAAAAAAUCACAAAAUGAGCCGGGCAUGGUGGCGCAUGCCUUUAAUCCCAGCACUCGAGAGGCAGAGGCAAGCGGAUUUCUGAGUUUGGGGCCAGCCUGGUCUACAGAGUGAGUUCCAGGACAGCCAGGGCUACACAGAGAAAAAAAAAUUACAAAAUGAAAGAAAAAGAUAAGGAAAGGAAACCCAAAUUAAUAGUAAAAUUUGAUAUCCGUUUGAUAACAGAGGAAGCUAUUGAACUUUGAGAAGAUGGGACACAGUAGAGUGGUUUUCAGGAUCACAGGAGUCUUGACUUACCAUCAAAGCUUUAGAAGAUAUUUUAGGGAUUUGUGAUUUAGUAUACCUCUUACCUAUACUAAACAUAGGUCAACUUCUAUUUAAGAAUGUAAUCAUCAGGGCCUGGAGAGAUGGCCAAUCCAUACGGCACCUACUCUAUAGCAUGAGCCCCUGAGUUUGGAUCCCCAUUUCCCACAGAAAACCUAGGCAUGGUGGGGAACAUGCUAGCGCGAGCGGGGCAGAAGUGGGAGGAUCCCUGAGCUUGCUCAUCAGCCAGCCUAGUCACUGACUGAGUGCUCUUUAGGUGCAGCGAGAGACUCUGUCUCAAAAAGCAAAGUGAUUGAGGAGGCUGCAAUGUUGACCCCUGGCCUCCAGAUGCACACACACGCAUGCACACAUAUGCUACAUACAUGUACAUACAAACACAACUAAGACUUUUAAAAAGGAAUACAAUACUUGUAAUCAAUUACUAUACUGUUGUAAUUUUCAGUACAGGAUGACUCUACUAGGGUCUAGCCAUCAUACAGGCCUUCAUUGGAAGACAGAUACUGCUUUGAAUAUUUGUGUAGUUGUCCUCCCUUCCUUUAUAGCUCCAUGUUGCUCUCAGCUAUUAGUGCCUGUCUCUAGCAGUGUGUUCUUUCCCUCUUACUCAAUCUUGCUUUUCUAAUCACACAAUGUGUGGUGCAUCGAGUUCUGUGCCUGAGUGAGAGUGAGCAUGGAAGUGCCCAUGCACUUACUGCACGUGGCAAAUGCAUUCCUGUCCUCGGGAUCACUAACCUUUUGUCUGACAUGAAAGAUUGGCUUUUGGCUCUCCUAAAUAAACAGUGUUUAAAUACAUAUCAAUCUUACAUGAGUUGGGUUAUUCAGGAAUUCUUUUCUUGUUAUAACUUUGUGUCCAUGGUUUUCUCUCUCUUUUCUUCUCCCUCUUCUUCUCUCUCACCCCUGCCCCUCUCUCUCUCCUUGCUGUCUCUUUCUGUCUCUCUCUUUCUGUCCCUGUUUCUCUGUGUGUGUGUCUCUCUCUCUGUCCCUGUCUCUCUCUGUCUCUGUUUCUCUCUCUCUUUGUGUGUGUGUGUGUGUGUGCAUUCACACACACCAGCAUGCCAUAGCAUAUAUGUGGAAGUUGGAGGACAAAUUUUAGGAGUUGCUACUCUCUUUCUACCAUAUGAUCCAGGGAUUGAACUCAGGAUAUAGGGCUUGUAAAGUGAGGGAUUUUAUUUUAUUUUAUUUUAUUUUAUUUUAUACCUCUUAAUCUAUCUUCCUAACCUGUGUAUUUAGUCUUGUUGCCUCCAAACUACAUAAUUUGCCUUGGCUAGGAAUCUCAAAUCUUCGAGGUCUAAAAAUGUGGCCUCAGUAACUAUAGUCAUUCAUUUAGAAAAAGUUUAUCUUGAGCAAAUAAAAUUAUGUGCAUGACUCCAAGUAUACAUCGCACUAGCCAGCAAGAUAGGUUGAAGAGAGGGCCCAGUGGUUAGAACUUGUUAUUCUUGUGGAAAAUCAGGAUACAGUUCCUAGCACCCACAGGGCAGCUCCCAGCUGGCCAUAACUCAAGUUCCAAGGGAUCCGUGGGCCUCUGCUGACCUCUGAGGCAACGGCGUGCACACAGUGGGCGUAAAUAUUUCAGCCUGGCCUCAAACAUGAGGUGGUUCUCUUGCCUCAUUCUCUUGAGUGCUUAGGGUUUCGGGUGUGAGCCACCAGACCUAGAUCUUCUGUGAAAAAAAAAAAUUUUUUUUUGAAUUAAAAGGUUUGUUUGGUUGGUUUUUUUUCUCAGCUUCAACAAAAAUUGAAAUUUCAUUGGACUUGUUCUGGUAUAAUACUAAAAUGACUUCACUGAAAGUACUCACUGAAAGUACUCACGGAGAGUACUCACGGAAAGUACUCACUGAAAGUACUCACUGAAAGUACUCACGGAAAGUACUCACUGAGAAUACUCACUGAAAGUACUCAUGGAAAGUACUCACUGAAAGUACUCACGGAAGGUACUCACUGAGAAUACUCACUGAAAGUACUCAUGGAAAGUACUCACUGAAAGUACUCACGGAAGGUACUCACUGAGAAUACUCACUGAAAGUACUCAUGGAAAGUACUCACUGAAAGUACUCACGGAAGGUACUCACUGAGAAUACUCACUGAAAGUACUCAUGGAAAGUACUCACUGAAAGUACUCACGGAAGGUACUCACUGAAAGUACUCACGGAAGGUACUCACUGAAAGUACUCACGGAAGGUACUCACGGAAGCUUCCCUUUGCAGCUAGAGAAUGGCCAAGCUAUGGAAUGUACAGUGGCUCAGUAUUUUAAGCAGAAGUAUAGUCUGCAGCUGAAACACCCCCACCUUCCCUGCCUUCAAGUGGGGCAAGAGCAAAAGCAUACCUACCUACCACUUGAGGUCUGUAAUAUAGUGGCAGGACAGAGAUGUAUAAAGAAGCUCACAGACAAUCAGACAUCCACCAUGAUCAAAGCCACGGCAAGAUCUGCUCCUGACAGACAGGAGGAAAUCAGUAGACUGGUGAAGAGCAACAGCAUGGUGGGUGGACCUGACCCAUACCUGAAGGAAUUUGGGAUUGUUGUGCACAACGAGAUGACAGAGCUCACAGGCAGGGUGCUUCCGGCUCCAAUGCUGCAGUAUGGAGGCCGGAAUAAAACAGUAGCCACACCCAGCCAGGGUGUCUGGGACAUGCGAGGAAAACAGUUUUAUGCUGGCAUUGAAAUUAAAGUAUGGGCAGUGGCUUGUUUUGCGCCUCAGAAACAAUGUAGGGAAGAUUUGCUAAAGAGUUUCACUGACCAACUUCGUAAAAUCUCCAAGGAUGCAGGGAUGCCCAUCCAGGGUCAGCCAUGUUUCUGCAAGUAUGCUCAAGGUGCAGACAGCGUGGAGCCCAUGUUUAAACAUCUGAAAAUGACAUAUGUGGGCCUGCAGCUAAUAGUGGUGAUUUUGCCUGGGAAGACACCAGUAUAUGCGGAGGUGAAGCGUGUUGGAGAUACCCUUCUAGGUAUGGCCACACAGUGUGUCCAGGUCAAAAACGUUGUGAAGACCUCGCCCCAGACCCUUUCCAACCUUUGCCUGAAGAUGAACGCAAAGCUGGGAGGGAUUAACAAUGUGCUUGUGCCUCACCAAAGGCCCUCAGUGUUCCAGCAGCCUGUCAUCUUUCUGGGAGCAGAUGUCACUCAUCCGCCUGCUGGGGACGGGAAGAAGCCUUCUAUUGCAGCCGUGGUGGGCAGCAUGGACGGCCAUCCCAGCCGGUACUGUGCCACAGUCCGGGUACAGACAUCUCGACAGGAGAUCACCCAGGAGCUCCUCUACAGCCAGGAGGUCGUGCAGGACCUGACGAGCAUGGCUCGGGAGCUGCUGAUUCAAUUCUAUAAGUCCACGCGCUUCAAGCCCACACGCAUCAUCUACUACCGCGGAGGGGUAUCCGAGGGACAGAUGAAGCAGGUAGCUUGGCCGGAGCUAAUAGCAAUUCGAAAGGCAUGUAUAAGCUUGGAGGAAGACUAUCGGCCGGGAAUAACUUACAUUGUGGUGCAAAAGAGGCACCACACACGACUCUUCUGUGCAGAUAAAAUGGAAAGGGUGGGGAAAAGUGGCAAUGUCCCAGCAGGCACCACAGUGGAUAGCACCGUCACACACCCGUCUGAGUUUGACUUUUACCUCUGUAGUCAUGCAGGAAUUCAGGGAACCAGCCGUCCUUCACAUUACCAGGUCUUGUGGGAUGACAACUGCUUCACUGCAGAUGAACUCCAGCUACUGACUUACCAGCUCUGUCACACCUACGUGAGGUGCACACGCUCCGUCUCCAUUCCUGCCCCUGCAUAUUAUGCCCGGCUUGUGGCAUUCCGGGCAAGGUAUCAUUUGGUGGAUAAAGAUCAUGACAGUGCGGAAGGCAGUCACGUGUCAGGACAGAGCAACGGCCGGGAUCCUCAGGCCUUGGCUAAGGCUGUGCAGAUCCACCAUGAUACCCAGCACACUAUGUAUUUUGCCUGAGAGUCUUGGAAAAGAACUCAACAAAUUUGGCAUCUCACGCAUCCUCAAAAUGUUUCCGACGCCUACUGCCUCUCUCAGGUGGUCCCUACCAGCAGCUCAGAAUGGUUGCACUGAGUCUACUCUGCAGCCCUGUCUGAUACAUCAACAAAAUUGAGCCAGUUGGGUUUUUUUGUUAAAGAAAUAGAUACUCAUAGAUUGUGUUUUCUGAUGCACUGGGCAGAAUUUUUACCUCAACGUGCAAAGGCUGAUCAGCCUUGACUUUCUAAAGGACUUUCCAAGAAGGGUUUCUAUGGAAUCUUUUGCUAGCUGUGGUAUUCACCGCAUCUAGUCUUAUAAGAGGAGUAUUUCCUUUUUUCUGUGUUUAUUGAAUGGUGUGCAUAAGUGGGAGAGAGAAACCAAACGGCCUGUAUCAUUUCCAUGUAACUUUUUAAUUGGGUGGGUCCAUAGACCUCUUACUUCUGACUUUGCCACUGUCAAUGCCUUUAAGGAGCAUCAGCUUUUGAAAGUUUUACAGAACUCUGUUACCUUCACUGUUCUACUGAUCUCUUCGGGCCUGCACUGUGGGGUACAGGCUGCCCAGCAAUUGCACUAUAUUUGGCUGCAGAUUCGAACAGGCAGUUCCCUUACUUGACUGGCUUUUGUGAGUCUGUGACAUAAGCAGAUGUGAUGUGUGUCACAGGGACAGAUACACUGCCGUGGUAAAAAGUACCCAUGUUUUCCAUAUUUGGAAAAAGAGAAUUAGCUUUUAGUAUUUUUCCACAUCUUCAAACAUGCCCAUUUUAUGCUGCUGUGUGGUAUGCUAGAUCUAAACGAUCUUUAAACUUCUCUCAUAGAAAGUUAACUUUGGCAAUAAGCAUUUGUAAGGCCCUUGCCCUUUCUCCUGACGUCGUUUUCUAGAUGAGAUUUCAGUAUGAUUUUAUCAACUAUUUCUUACAUAUCAUAACUGGGAUAUUCUGAAACCAGUUUAUAAAGACACAGAUUUCAAUGUCCUUAUAAAUAAUUGUUUUUAAAACAAAACAAAACAAAACUUAUUUUAUAGUCAGUGUCCUGUCACUUUAAAAAAAAAAAAAAGAAGCUGGAACCAGGAUGCUUUGUGAUCGGUCAGGCUUUGCCGAUGCAUAAGGCACAUUGAGCAGUACUGCACUUGAAAAGAAAGUACCAGCCAGUGAAAACCUGGUUUCCCUGGGAAUCAGGGGUGCACACACGGCUGCCUACAAGACAGCCUGAAAUGUGCUUGGUGGCUCUGCCUUUCUCUUUUUCAACUAAAACUCUGUAGAAGUUGUUGUUGUUGUUGUUGUUUUUCUUUUUCUGUAACAGAUUCUAGAUUCCCUCACAGGAAGACAGGAUUCCGUUUCUUGUCCAAACAAAGGGAAUUGAUGUAAAGCAAGAACAGUUAGAACAUAGGGAAAAUGUAUUCUGUAUUUAGUGUAGAUAAUACCUUGUAAAGGACAAGUGUUACAUAGUCAAGGUAGUUGCACCCACGGUUUCCAGCCCAUGUUUUACUCUAACCUGGAAGGUCAAGGAGUAAAAGGUAAGAGGCUCUCUGUAGAGCCACACUCCUCAUGGCUGAGGAGGGUGCUGGGGAAGGAAGAGACAGGCACAAUAUGCUAAAAGCAAUUUUGCAGUCUCGGUGUAGAAACCAUUGGUGGGAAACACUGGAUCAAAUGGGAAAGGGUGUUUGCUUGAACUCAUUAAUUGGUCCAAGGUUCAAAUCUGUUAAAUGGGCCCUCUCAGAAUCCCAGCAAUAGAAAGCACUGUUUCCCUUCAGUGGCUUCAGCAAGUGUGUAGAUACAUUCAUGUUUACAUUUCUGUGUGCAGUCGCUCAGCAGUGCCACUGGUGUUUGCUGAGCCUGGUCUCCGAGAGAGUUUAUAAUGUCCGUCUAGUCCUAUAGCACAUGCGGAUGGGUGCAGACAUCUUUAAUCUCUGCAGACAGUGGGAAAAGCAAGUCCUGUGACUGAAGCACAACACAGGCGUGAAGCGACAGCAGACGUCCGUUCCCUGAGAUCUUCCUUUUUUUCUGCAAAUACCUCCCUGGGAUAAUACAAAUCCAGACAUGUUGAUGAAUGGCUGACUGCCGCUUUUAUUCACACCUGUUCAGGGAAAGCACAGAAAAUGCUCUGUAGCACAGACAUUCUGGACCCAAGAGGAGGGGGAACAAAGGAAGCCUUUUUAGGAAAAGGAAAACUUGCCUGGAGUCUGUGAUGUGAAGAACUCUCGGUGGCUGGCAGCUGACAGAAGGCACCGUACCUGCACAGGAGCGCCUCGGGCUUGCUUGUUGACAAUGCACAGAAGAGACUCUAGCCAUCUUCCGACAGGAUGGAACAGUGAGCGAGCUGUGUGCCCGGAAGCCCCAUCCACGGUCCUGCAACUGAGUUGUAGGUUUGCCCAUGAGCGAUAUGCCUGAAACACCACUGCCGGUCCUAGUAUGCUGGGGUGAAUCCGUGUGGAGCUGGAGGAAAAGCCAGGAGACCAACUUUUGUAGAAAAAACGGUAUCAAUAAGUGUGUGAAGCCGUUGUUCUGGGCAAGUGGAAAGAAAUAUGGAAGAGUUAGGAUUACUUGGGGGAGGGGAACUUGCUGAGGGGUGAACAGUCCAGAGGUGAUCACUUGAGAAUCAGAACUGCAGUAAUACCACCGUAAGCAAAUCUGAAUGCAUAGUUUUAACUUAACUGGGGUUGACAAUUCAAAUAGGUACCUCCCCCCACCCCCCCAAACAAAAACCUGACUGAGUUGUUAUGCAUGUGUCAAUCACUGGGAGGUGUGCAUUCUCUAGUAGUGUUAGGCUGUUUGGUUCUUUUAAAUGCAGCCUAUUUAGGUACUGUCAUGUAGUGUGGAAGAUUUUGGUGCGGCAACUCUAAAGAAUGACAUUUUUGGGGCUAGGGAGCAUAGGACAUUAAGAACGGGAAAGACCCAAGUGUUGAACCAAUUGUGUUUUUUUGUUGUUAGUUGUUGAAUCCUGAGUUGAUGCAGUCAGCAUUCUGGGCAGGCGAACCACCUUUGUUCUUACUGUUAAGUUCUUUGUGCUGCUUCCAAAGAUGAUUUACAAGCAGGGAUGUUCUAAAUGGGUCUGUACCUUAGGGUCCGGGGUCCAGCCCAUAUCCUAGGUCAAAGCCUACCCACCUGGCUCAGCUACCUACUGCUUUAACCAGGCUCAUCCUCUCUACUCCGCUGUGGUUGCCCUCCACGGAUGUGCUCUGAGAUUCUCUUGCUCAGUGGCAAGGUGGCUGCUCUGCUUUCAUUUUUAAAAAAGCGGAAGUUAAGGUCAUCAUACUAAUACUGCAUCAACUCCAGGAAUUAAAGGAAAGAUCUUUAUUGCUCAACCAUUUUCUUAUUGGUUCCUACUGACAUAUUCAUCUCCUUUCUGUGUCUACUGGCUGAAAUGUUUGUGUUUGUUCAUCUGACUAACGGUAUGGUUUCUGUAUGGUUAGACUUGUAAUGUUUUAAAAUGUAUUUUAUUACUUUGGACUGGAUGUUCCUCUCCAGCGAUACGAGGUACUUUCUAAGCUAUUAAGGAAGGGUUUGAAUCCCUAUGUGAGAUAAGAUAAUGGUUGUUUAAAUUUUGCAGAGGUUUUUGUUAUUGUUACUGGUUUUGAUUUUGGGUUUUUUUUUGACCUGUGGGGAUAUUUUGUGUUUAUGUGUCCAAAAAGUGGGGAGGGGAA